UGUAAACUUAUACUUCAUUUGGUCACUUUUAUGGCAUUACAGCUAGAUCCGAAAGAUACUCCUAAGUUGCUCCUUAGUCCUUACCAAAGUGCGGAAUAAUUUAAAUCGAAUUAUUGAUUAAUUAAAGAAACAGCUUUAUUAUUAGGCGCAAUAUAUAUAGUGGCGUAAACUCAAAAACCGAAGGCUCCUCCCUUUUCCACAAUAUAUUUCCUUUUCUUCUUCUCAAAUGCCUCGCCGCUCUUCCUCGUCAGGAAACUUCGGCAGGAAGCUCCAGCCGGCCAAGCGCGCCCUCCGGCGUCUGGCCCACACGCUCCAAUCCAAGCUCAACGACCUCGACUUCCCCCGCGCGAUCCGGGUCAUCCGUAAAGGCACGAAUCGGAUCCUCACCUACUGCUCCACCCAUCUCUUCCGCAACAACCGCUCCCUUCAGGUCGUCCCCAAUACGCCCUCGUAUCGCCAUCACAACCACCACAACUACAUCUCCGACUACUACAACAGAAGUAGCAGCAACCGCAACCUCCUCCUCCGCAAGAGCUUCUCCGCCAUCUUCAUCGACCAGCUCUACGCCGAUGAUGAUAAAAACGACGACGCUGCCGAGGUUAAAAUCUCGGCGACGACGAAUAGGGUGGAGACGACGUCAGUGAGGGGCAAGGAAGUGGUGGUUGGUAAUGUUAACAAAAGGCCGCCGCUGCCGAGGAAUAGUUGUAGGGAAGGGGCGGCGGUGAGAACGGCGUCGUCUUUGAUCCAGAGGAGGAAGAAAGAUGCGUUGGUGAUUAUGGAGGAGAAGGGUGGUAAGAAGGAUGACGAGGAGAAUAACGAUAAUCCGAUGGAGACGCUGGAAGAUGCGUGGAGGGAAGUGGUGGCGAGGUCGCCGCAGCUCCGGCCGGUGGAUGUGAGGGCGGAGGAGUUUAUAUAUAAUUUCAGGGCGGGCAUGAAGAUCCAGAAGACCAAGUCAAUUCUCGAGAAACAGAACCUGUUGCCAGCCAGGAGGUUUAAAAACUGUUUUUUGGAUUUUGGUGGAGCAAGAAGAAUGAGAGAAGGGGUAUUCAUUGAUGAGCCGGGGAAAAGUUUGUUUGGCAAAUGAAGAAGGUGGCAUGGAUUUAGGGAUCUACUUGGCUUCGGCAUAGCACUAGCCGGUGUACAAGUUCGGAACUUGCUUACAAGCUCUAAGUCUUUAGUAGCUCGAGUGUUGAAAACAAAAUACCACAUGGGGAUUGUGAUAUACUGGACAUGGAAGUAGGUUAUAUUUGGAUAAGUUUAAUGUCGGUUCAAAAUUUGAUGUAAGAUGCACAAGAUGGAGUGUUGGAGAAGGAAACGACAUUAGAAUAUUUGCUCGGACAAGUGGAAUCUAGAUAUUGAUAUUUACAAAGUAGCAUCACAAGUGCAGGGGAUGAAUUCUGAAAGAAAAUAGCUUGGACUGG